AUGAAUAACCACCCAUUUCAUUUAGUUGAUAAUAGUCCAUGACCUAUUAUUGGAUCAAUUGGAGUCAUAACUAUUACUUCAGGAAUAGUAAUAUGAUUCCACAAAUUUAAUAUAAUAUUAUUUAUCCUAGGAUUUAUUAUUGUAAUUUUAACAAUAAUCCAAUGAUGACGUGAUGUAACACGAGAAGCCACAUUUCAAGGAUUACAUACCAAAAAAGUUUCAUUAAGAAUAAAAUGAGGGAUAGUAUUAUUCAUUGUAUCUGAAGUAUUAUUUUUUUCUUCAUUUUUUUGAUCAUUUUUUCAUAGAAGAUUAUCACCAACAAUUGAAAUUGGGUCACAGUGACCCCCAGUUGGAAUUAAAACAUUUAAUCCUAUAAAUAUUCCUUUAUUAAAUACUAUAAUUUUAUUAUAUUCUGGUGUUACAAUAACAUGAGCUCAUAAUGCAUUAAUUAAUAAAAAUUAUACACAAGUAGUUCAAAGAAUAAUUGUUACAGUAAUUAUAGGAAUAUAUUUUACUGCUUUACAAACAUAUGAAUAUAUUGAAUCUCCUUUCUGUAUUUCUGAUUCAAUUUAUGGUAGCACAUUUUUUAUAAGAACAGGAUUUCACGGAAUUCAUGUAAUUAUUGGAACAAUUUUUAUUAUUGUAUCAUUACUGCGAAUAUUAAAAUUACAUUUUUCAAGAACUCGCCACGUGGGAUUUGAAGCAUCAGCUUGAUAUUGACAUUUUGUUGAUGUUGUUUGACUAUUUUUAUAUAUUUCAAUUUACUGAUGAGGUAGAUAA